AUGGAAGAAAACAAUGAAGAGCCGAGGGAGGAGUGGACUUUGUUCCUUUGGACCACGUUUGCUGUUCUGGUUCCAGUGCUUAUUACACUUUGGUGCAGCUUCCAGCGUCCUAAACGAAAAAUUCAGCUGAAAGAUCUGUUCCGAAAAAGCAAGCACGGCUGGCACUACACGGACCUGUUCAACAAGCCCACCUACUGCUGCGUGUGCUGCCAGCCCAUCCUGCAAGGGGCUUUUUGUGACUGCUGUGGUAUAUGUUCGGAUGAGCAGUGCAUACAGAGAGCAGAUCGCAUUCUGUCAUGUAAGGAGAUCAUGACACAGAACCAGACAGAUGGCAAGUUCUGCCACCAGUGGGUCAAAGGAAAUGUACCCCUCGCCAGCUACUGUGGCGUGUGCAAACAGCAAUGCGGGACUCAACCUAAACUCUGCGACUAUAGGUGUGUAUGGUGUCAAACCACAGUGCAUGAUGACUGUCUUUCCAGUCUGACCGAUGAUCUGUGUGAUCUUGGAGAGUUCCACUCUGUCAUCAUACCUCCAUGUUAUCUCUAUCAAGUCAACAAGCUACGCCGAAGACACCCUGAUGAGUACAGUAAGCUUGCUGCAGUCUAUGGGAGUGGCUGGACUCCUGUAUUGGUCUUGGCAAACACAAGAAGUGGCAACAACAUGGGGGAAAUUCUGCUGGGAGAAUUUCGUACCCUUCUGAACCCUGUGCAGGUGUUUGAUCUCUCUGAGCUGCCCCCCUCUAAAGCCCUACAGCUGUGUACCCUUCUGCCUCCUGGGAGUGUGCGUGUUCUGGUGUGUGGGGGAGAUGGCACAGUAGGGUGGGUUCUGGAUGCCAUUGAUACCAUGAAGCUGAAGGGCCAAGAUCAGUUUAUCCCUCUUGUAACCAUUUUGCCAUUGGGCACUGGCAAUGAUUUAUCAAACUCUUUGGGAUGGGGAGCAGGAUACGCUGGAGAGAUUCCAGUGGAACAAGUCCUCAGAAACGUUCUAGAGGCUGAAGUAGUUAAGAUGGACAGGUGGAAGGUUCAAGUUGCCUCCAAAGGAAACUAUUUUCGUAAGCCAAAGGUAUUGUCCAUGAAUAAUUAUUUUUCAGUGGGUCCUGAUGCUCUCAUGGCACUAAACUUCCAUGUGCACAGAGAAAAAACACCCUCCUUUUUCUCCAGCCGAAUAAUCAAUAAGGCAGUGUACUUCCUCUAUGGGACCAAAGAUUGUCUUGUCCAAGAAUGUAAAGAUCUGGAUAAGAGGAUUGAGCUGGAGCUAGAUGGAGAGCAAGUGACUUUACCCAACCUGGAGGGUAUAAUCGUGUGUAACAUCGGCAACUGGGGUGGUGGCUGUAGACUCUGGGAAGGAAUGGGAGAUGAACCUUAUCCUCCUACCCGAGUUGAUGAUGGUUUAUUAGAGGUGGUCGGGGUGUAUGGCUCAUUCCACUGUGCACAAAUCCAGGUGAAACUGGCCAAUCCUGUGAGGCUGGGACAAGCACAUACAGUCCGGCUGGUAUUGAAGAGUUCUCGGAUGCCAAUGCAGGUGGAUGGAGAGCCAUGGGCGCAGGGUCCAUGCACUAUAACCAUUACUCACAAGACCCAGGCCCUCAUGCUUUACCACAGUACAGAACAAACAGAUGAUGAUGAUUCCAGUGCAUCAGAGGUUGAAGAUCACAUCGACACAUCCAGCAAUGCUCCGCAAACCGAGUCUUCGUAA